GGAUGCUUUCAGAGAGCUUGAGCCACACUGAUACCUCUAGGGUACUUACGACCAUUGGUUACUUACAUACACUACCUAACAUCUACCUACACACAUAGUCAAUAGUCGAGACUGUUACGUCCGAUCGGAUAUCAUCACGCACCGAGGUCUCACGCUCGCAUCGAACCAAGAGACUCAAACAAAGUGACUCGAAAUGAAGGUCAAGAUCAAAAAGUGGAACGCCGUCGCGACUUGGCGAUGGGAUCUCCCGGAAGACGAUGUCUGCGGCAUCUGCCAGGUCCACUUUGAUGGCACAUGCCCGACUUGCAAAUAUCCGGGCGACGAGUGCAGCUUGUUGUCUGGGAAAUGCGGUCACAACUUCCACAUGCACUGUAUCCUCGAGUGGAUAAAACAGGACUCUGCCAAAGGCCAGUGCCCCAUGUGCCGUCAAAAAUUCGAAUGGAAUGGCCGCCCCAAUGCCACCGAAACAUCACUGGCCGACACAACCCAAGGCCCAAUGCUCGCCGAGACCUGAUAUCGCCGUACUCGCCAGGGAACCAUUGAGCUUUCUUGCAGCUUCCCUCCAGCCCGAGCGUCAUGGGCUGUUAAGAAUAAUUGAGCUUAUUAUGAAGACAAACCACUUCCAUUUAUGACCUUGGCGAGCGUGGUUACCGUGGUGAAUUGCCACUGCUGAUGUUUACAUCUUGUUUCCGUCCGUGCCGUCCUUACAAGUACGUGCUUAGUACUAGAGUGCCUCCACUGAAUCAGAAACACCUACACGUUAUUUAUUGUAGCUGCAGCUGCAGCAGAGCCCCCACCCCCGAGACCCACCAGUACGGGAGUCCCCGCUCCUUACCUCUAACGUCUGUCAUCCCUGCAGCCACUGUUACAGUAGCUCUUAGCGGUAGGCAACUGAUAUCACAUCACCUGGCCAGACACC